GUUUUUGAUAUUAUUUAAUAAAAAAUAAUAAAAAAAAUAAAAAAAAGCAGAUCUAAAUUCGCAGUAAUUAGCUCAUAGACCUCCCAAUAUGUUGUCCAAAAAGGAAAUUGUUGGGAUUAUAUUGCUUAUAACAGCGCUGAUCUGUAUACUGAAUGCUGCAGUGUUUGGCGGCAUCAUGCCUAUUUCAUCGAGCUAUGAGCAGUUGGCGCAGCAAACUAUAAGUGCGGGCACCGCGUACAUUUGUAUACUUUAUGGACUGAGCACAUGGCUGUAUGGUUCUCACUACGCGAUUCCCAGGCGUGAAAUCCGCUAUGUGCUCAUUUCCAUGCUGAUCGUCCUGAUUUUGGCCAACUGCAUUGGGCUGUCGACAGUGAUCAAGACGCAGUACAUGUCCCAGCUGAGUAGUAGUGUAAAGGUAAACGAUUUGUAUACUCCAUUCGAAUAUGCGUGCCGCACGGUGACCUUGGUGUUUUUUGUGUUAACAAUUGUACUGCUGAUUGUCGCUCUGAUUUUUGUGAUUAUGAUCGCUGUUGCGUUACAUAACUUUCCCGACCUGACUAUGCAGAAUUCUAAUGAAACGCUGCCGUAGAUGGAAAUUCAGCCGGAGCUGCAUAUUCGAAAUUAAUUAUUUAUGUAUUUUCAUAUAGCUCAAGCUUUUAGAAAGCGUACGGCACUACUAUUAAUACGAUAUAAACACGCAGUCAGCUCUGAACUCU